GCGCAUUUUUUUCGAUUGCUGUCUGCUGUCGUACAGAAAGCGUGAGCCCACCGUGAGGAAGUUCCUUAAGACCGAUAAUUUAGUCUAUCGAAGAUUUUAUUUUGGUAUUCUAUACGUGUGGCCAGUUUAUUCUUGUAAAUCAGAAGGGCCCAGCCCAUUGAGCAGUUUGCCGGCUGAAAUUUUGUCAUUUUAGAGUUGGAAACCUUUUCUAUUUGCUCAAAAUGGCUGUUUUAGGAGUUCAAUUGAUAGUCACUUUGCUCACCAUCAGCAUCAUGCAAAAAGUGACUCAACGAUUUUCAUUUGGGAAAUGGAUCCUGUGCAAAACAGGGCUGGUGUACUACCUCCACCCUACCGAUGCAGAGUUGAGAAAGUUAGCAGGACUUCCGCAGCCCAAACCAAAGCCAAAGCCUAAAGAAGGAGACAAUAAACGAGGGAAGCACAAAAGAAAGUGGGCAGAGGAACCUGUAGAAGAUAAGACAUUUACAGUUCCCAGAAAUUUGGAUUUACAGCUUGAAACUGCCAAAAUAUUUCCUAAAGAUGUUUUACAACUCAAGUUUUUCACUGAAUUUGUUUGGUUGGUUGACUACAGUGUAUUCGUCCUAGUUGUCUAUCUUAUAACAGAGGUCUACUGUGGGGUGUUUCCUAAGGGUAAUCAAGAAGUUAACCUUAGUAUGCUGUGGUGCCUUCUACUUAUUGGAUUUGCCUUAAAAUCGCUUUGCAGUGUCACUAGUCUUUACUUCUGGAACACCGAAGCUGCUGCUGAGAGGUCAUUGGUUCUUGUCGGUGGAUCGUUUUGCUUCGUCCUUGCCUUAGGAUUGCUAUUGAUUGACGAAUCUAACCUGGAGAUCGGAUUGGAUGCUGCAUAUUCCUCUUUCAAUAAAAGUGCAUCCGUUUUCUUAGAACGCCAAUCGAUGGAUUCAGAAGGUCCUGCUUCCAAGUUGAUUCUGAAACUCUGCUUUGCUGUGUGGUGCGGAAUUACGGGUGCUCUAUUUAUAUUUCCUGGUUUGCGAGUGAGUCGCAUGCAUCUAGAUGCUUUACGUUAUUGUAGCGAAAGAAAAGUGUUAAAAAUGUUCAUGUACAUCAAUCUGGUAUCGCCGUUCCUGCUUUCCCUUCUUUGGGUUCGCCCUUUGGCGAGGCAUUAUUUCUCCGUCCGAAUCUUCGGUAACAUGGAAGCCCCACUCAUGAAUGAUGCAACAUUCGACAGCAUGCGUCUUUGGUUGUGUGUAGUUUUCAGCAUCGUUCGGAUCGUUUCCGCACCAUCUUGCUUCCAGGCUUAUCUCAACUUAGCCCAAGAGAAGAUUGAAAACAUGAAAAAAGAGGCUGGUCGAAUUUCGAAUGUUGACCUUCAGAGAAAGAUUGCUAUUAUUUUCUACUAUCUUUGUGUGGUUGGAUUGCAAUUCGUUGCACCGGUUAUCCUUUGUGUCGGUUUUACGUUGAUGAACAAAACUUUGGGAGGCUACGGUUGGUUUGGUCAACAUCAUUAUAACCCAGACGAGUGCGAUCCACAGCAGGAACCAAAAGCAACUCUCUCAACUCUUUUGCCAAAUGACGAGACCACUUUGGUUGACGCCAGAGAACAGUGGCUUGCGGCCCUCAGCACAUUUCACCAGAUAUUUUCGUACGAAGUAUUUCGUGGCAUUUUCGGGUUUGCCAACUGGUGGAUGCAAUUUUUGUCUUUCUUCACAAUUGGCUGUGGUCUCGCCUACCAGUCCUAUUUUUUUGAUGGAGUAGUGUGAAACCGAGACGAACAUGUCUAAUGGACGAACAGUGCCGUGCAUCACAAUUUUGGCGGCGUGCAGAUACUUGCAAUUCAAAGUAGUCCCGUGUCUUCUGCUGUCGGAUGGAUGCAAAUACAGCACAAGUAGUCAAUCUCCGUAGGAAACCCCUGUGGUUCAUUGUGUGUGAAUUGCGUGCGUGUGUGAGUGAGCGUUUACUUCUACAUUUUGAAACAACAGAUCUCAUUCGAGUUCGGCCUGGAUGAUGACGAUUAAGGAUCUGUGAACAAAUCCCUUAUUUGCCUACCCUGUUAAACUAUUUAUGAAUAAAUAGUUAAUUUAUUUGAUAA